AUGGCAUUUCUUUGCCAUAUUAUUAUUUAUCUUCAAGGUUCUCCAAUUUCAUAUAAAGAAAAAAGUUGUAAUAAAGGAACAUUAUAUCAAUGUAAUUGUAAAAGUUGUUGGAAAGAAUUUGAAAUACAAAAUAUGACAGAAAAAUAUAUUAAUUGGGUUCAAAUUGAACUUAUUAAUUGUCCAAAUCAACAAGAAGAAAAGACAUUUGAUGAUACAUUGAUAAGAAAAAAAAUAUCAAAUUGGAUAAAUGAAGAGUGUGCCUUAGUAUUGGAUUGUUUAAAAAUUGGAAUUACAAAACGUAUUACUGAAAAAGAUGUUGUUAUUGGGGGUUCAAUAGAAUGUACACCAUUAGGAGGUCAAGUUAAAAUAAAUGUUAUUGGUAAAGAAAAUCACUUAACAAAAGAAAAUGUGAUACCUUCAGAAGUUUUGGUACAAAUUUUACAGGCAAGAGAACAUUUACUUUCAUAUAUUAUUGGUAUAGAUCUUAUGAGUAUAUCAACUUUAUCAAAUAAUAAAAUUUUUUCUCAUCAAAUUGAUGAUUUAAGUGAAAUUCAUUUUGAUAUGUUUGAAGAUAACAAAAAUGAUGAUGAUGAUGAUGAGAAUUAUGAAAAUGAAGAUGAAUAUAAUGAGGAGGAUGAAGAUUAUAACCAUGAUGAUAUUAUUGAUAAUAUACAAAAAAUUGAUUUAAAUGAUAAUCAUCAUGAAAAUGAUACUUCCUUUAAUGAGAAAGAUAUAUUUAUAUCAAGUAAUACUACAAUACUACCAGAAUUAUUCACAACAUUUUAUAUACCAUCUACUUUAACAUCAUUAACAAAACAAAUUAUAAAAGAAAAUGAAAUUGUUACAACAACAAGUUUGUCACCAACAACUAUACAAAAUAUUUCUACUUAUUUUAAAACAGAAAAUAUUACAAAUAAUAAAGUUUCAAAUGAUACAUUGUAUUCUAAUACAAAAGAAAACUUUGAUGAAACAUCUGAUGAUCUUACUAAUCACAACAUUAAAAUAGAUACCAAUAAACCUUCCUCAACAUUAUCAUUUAAUAACUUAUCUAUUGAUAUCCCUGAAUGGUUAACAAUACCCUUAAUAACAAUCUUAACAGCAUUACUUUUAAUAAUCUGUAUAAUAUCAUAUAUUACAUGUAUGUUUUUUAAUUGCCGUACUAAUUUUAGAAAAAUUCCAAAAGAUAAAUCUAAUAAAAGUAUAAUUACAAUGAGACAAGAACAAAAAAAUGAUAUAACAAGAUUAGAAGAAAAUAAUAAUGUUGAAAAGAUGUUAUUAAAUAAAGUAGGAACGGGAAACAGUUAA